CCAAUUCAGUUAUUAAAUUUAAACGAACGCGAGUAGUUGUUUAAAUUGAUUUUUUUAUAAAAAAAUAUGAAGUUUAAUUAUUAGUUGUAUUCAUGAUGUUAAUACUUAAAAGGAAUAUGUCAGUCACGUUGCUGCUUCUCUGCGUGGUCGGUUUGUCGUCUUCAAUACCCUUAAACGACGUCAGCUCUCGUGAAGAAUGUGGAUACGAGAGUUGCACGAAAGUGAAUCAAGAUGAACUUAACGUCCACAUCGUCCCCCACACGCACGACGACGUCGGCUGGCUGAAGACAGUGGACCAGUAUUACUACGGAAGUCGCAACAAUAUUCAAAAGGCUGGAGUGCAGUACAUCUUAGACUCUGUCAUUAAAGAGCUAUGGCAGGAUCCCAAGAGAAGAUUCAUCUACGUAGAGACGGCAUUCUUCUGGAUGUGGUGGGUACGCCAAAGUGACGAUGUACGACACAAAGUCCACACUCUGGUACGACAAGGUCGCCUGCAGUUUGUGGGGGGGGCGUGGAGUAUGAAUGAUGAAGCGGCAUCUCACUACCAAAGUACUAUUGAUCAAUUUACUUGGGGUUUGAAAAAGCUGAAUGAAACCUUCGGUCCUUGUGCGAUGCCACGCGUGGGAUGGCAGAUAGAUCCAUUCGGUCAUUCCCGUGAAUUCGCAUCCUUGCUGGCAGCGAUGGGAUAUGACGGUCUAUUUCUAGGUAGGAUAGACUACCAGGAUAAAAGAGCGAGGCUGAAGCAAAAACGUAUGGAAAUGCUGUGGAGGGGGGAUGAUGAUUUAGGUAAAUCCUCAGACAUUUUCACGGGUGCACUUUACAACACUUACUCCCCUCCACCGGGCUUCUGUUUCGACGUGCUCUGCGAUGACGAACCGAUUAUUGACGAUCCCAACUCGCCCAUGUUCAACGUCGAAACGAGGGUGACGUCAUUUAUUCGAAAAGUUCUUCAAAUGUCAACAGCAUAUAAAACAAGUAAUAUCCUAGUUACGAUGGGCGAUGAUUUCCAAUACCAGCAAGCAGGCAUGUGGUAUACGAAUCUAGACAAAUUAAUAAAGUACACGAAUAUGAAAUCGGCAAAAGACGGUUUAAAAAUUAAACUGUUUUAUUCGACACCGGAUUGCUAUUUGAAAGCAGUUAAAGAUUCCGAUCCGACUCUACCGACGAAGCAGGACGAUUUCUUUCCCUACGCGAGUGACCCCACAGCGUACUGGACGGGCUACUUCACCUCCCGACCCACAACUAAGUUCUUCGAGCGACAGGGAAAUGAUUACCUUCAGAUGUUAAAACAAUUACAAGUGUUGGGGGGUUUGGAGGAACACAACAGCUUCGUGCUUAACGAGUUGAAGAGUUCCAUGGGAGUUAUGCAACACCACGACGCGAUAACGGGCACGGAGAAGCAGCACGUCGCUCACGACUACGAGAGGCUCUUGGACGCGGCCGUGGAGGACGCCCUCAUCAUAGCGAGACAGGCUUUCAAUAAAAUUGCACAAAGGGAUGCCUUGAAGCAGCCGCUCUUCGGUUAUGACAGAUGUCGUUUUAAUGAGUCAAGUUGCCCCACGAGCGAAAACAGCAGACGGUUUGUGGUAACGAUAUACAAUCCUGUGGGGUGGAUAGUCAUGGAACCGAUACACGUGCCGGUCUUAGAUGGUGCCUAUGAAGUUUACGCGCCGAAUGGCGAAAAAAUAACAUCGCAAUUGGUCGACAUACCGGAGCCGGUGAAAAAUAUACCGACUAGAAAGUCGAAAGCGAGCCACGAACUAGUUUUCAUUGCUAAACUGCAUCCCCUCGGAGUGAAAUCGUUUUACGUCAAGAAGCUGUCGAAGAUAUCCAGAAGGGAUGUCGUUUAUACGAAUGAAUACUACGGCAACAUAAACGACUACUGGAAGAACUUACACGAUAACUUCGUCGAAAUACACAGCUUAAAUGACACUAAUGUAGACCAUGAGUUCAAACAGGAACAAAUACCUCUGCCAAUAGCGAAAGUCGACGCGAAAGUUAACAUAGAAAAAGAUAUCAACGCGGAUAUCUUAAAAGAUAAAGAUGAUAACGUCGACGUCGAGGAAUUGGAGAGAAUUAUAAAGGAAACGAAAACGGAGACGGCCGUUAAGGCGAGGAGUUUGGAUAAGAAGCUGAACUAUCCGAAUCUCAACGAAGAAGAACUUAGGAUGCUGGCUGAUGAAGCGAUGGUCGUCGAACGGGCUGAUGAAGAUUAUUUGGAGAAUGAGUACAUGAAGAUUCGCAUCGACAACACAGGCGUCACACACAUGAUCCUACCAGACAGAACGACCAACCUAAAGGUGCAGCUACACUACUGGACCGGUUGCUAUGGUAACAACACAAACACUCACGAACGCUCGUCCGGCGCUUACAUCUUCCGACCACAAACAACAGUACCUUACGCAAUGACGUACAGAAACAGCGGUACAGUCAAAGGCCCGAUCGUUCAAGAGUAUCGAGCUGAAACCAAAGAAAACGCAGCGAGCGUGCUCAGAAUUUACAACGGUUUGAAUUAUUUCGUUCAUGAUUUUGUUGUCGGUCCCAUACCGAUAGAAGACAAAGUCGGCAAGGAAUACGUCGUGAGAUACGACACUAAUGUCGUUAAUAAUGGUGAGUUCUACACCGAUUCCAAUGGAAGGCAGAUGCUGAAACGGAAGUUGAACGAGCGUCCGCAGUGGAACUUAACUCUCGAAGAACCGAUCGCCGGUAACUACUACCCGGUAACGAAUAAAAUAUCGAUACAAGACGAACAGACAAGAAUAUCGAUAUUGACGGAUCGAUCUGAAGGCGGGUCGUCUCUGGAAGAGGGGAGUAUUGAAUUGAUGCUUCAUCGGCGGCUGUUACACGACGACGCGUUCGGGGUUGGAGAAGCGUUAGACGAAGUUGCGGAAGGCAAGGGCCUAGUUAUGCGAGGGCACCAUAAGUUACUGAACAUCAACCCCAAAAACGCCAUAGAUGUGAUCGCCGAAAGAAAACUCGUCAUACAAACCAAUUUACAACCGAUAGUGUUCAUAUCGAGUGCCGAUAAUGUCGAUUUUGAUACUUGGAUGAAACUAGACAAUUGUUUCAAAGGUACGAAGGAACUGCCGGAUGGAUUGCAUUUAUUAACUCUAGAACCGUGGACGAGAGAUAGUUUACUGUUGAGAAUCGAGAAUUAUGUCGAUAAAUCGAAUAAUUCGACGAUAGAAAUCGAUUUAUCGGAAGUGUUUAAUAAUGUUAAGAUUAUAUCGAUUAAAGAGACAACACUAGCCGCUAAUCGGUGGGUGGAGGAUGUCGAAAAGUGGACUUGGAAAGUCGAGAAUGAGUUCUCUGAGAGUUUUAACUUGGAAUAUAAUAAUUUUGAUUCGGUACCCCGGGCCAGGGCUGAUGCUGGAGAAGCGACCGAUGAUCGUCUGAAGAUUCAAAUCAAAGCGAAACAAAUCAGGACUUUUAUCGCGAAAUAUAAAAUGGUCGAAUCGUAAUUCUAAAUCAAUUUUAGUGUAUGUACAUAUCAAUGAAAUAAAUAUAUUUUUAAUUAAAUAUGUUGU